UUAGGUAGAGCCAGAGGCGCACGGGCACACGUUCGGAUUUCUUCUCCAGUCAGUUACGAGUCACGAGUUACAAGCCCCACCUUCUCUCUCCCUCUGCAACCGUAAUUCGACUCGACUCUUCUUCUCCACCAUUGUCUAUUAGGGUUCCCUUAAUCAACAAAACUAAUUAACACUUUGAACUUUUCAAAAAAAAAAAAAAAAAAAGGGAGAUUCUAAUUAGGGUUUCAUGUUCUUCUGCGUAGCUUUAAUGUCUUAUGAAUGGAGAUUACUACCUCUACUCUCACUCUUGCUUUCUCUUCACAGCCUUUCCUUUUAGCCUCCUCUCUCACUCUUCUCUCUCUCCUACUCGCCGUCCUCACUAUCCGAUCAAAAUCCCCCAAAUCUCACUCUUCUCAUGCCACGUCACCCAAGGUGACUAAAACCUGUAAUUGUUGCUGUUCGUGUAACGGGACUUUAGAGAAUUCGGAUUCUUCAUCGCCGGCGACUGGUACUGGGCACGUCAACGGUGGUGUCGCGGCGGCGGAGAUGGUUGCGGCUGCUGCGUCGUUGACGGAGAAGACGGUGGAGAGGCAGACUGGGGCGUCAAUGAUGGAGCAAUUGGUGCCUGAGAUUACGACGCACGCGCUGAGUUAUUUGGAUUAUCCAAGUCUCUGUAGAUUGUCCAUGACUAAUUCGUUGAUGCGAAAGGCUGCUAACGAUGAUAAUGCCUGGAAAGCGCUUUAUCACAAGGAUUUUACAUUGGAACAAGAUACUGUCACACCUGUUAAUGGUUGGAAGGCUUACUAUGCGGCUACAAGAGCUAUCGUAAAUGCCAAUGCAGAAUUUUAUAAUAUCAUCAAAGAAAGGUCUCUUCCAGCAAUGAGCCGUAUUUGGCUUAAUGCAGAUUAUGUGAAGUGCAUUCAUGCAUCUGGUGAACUUUUCUCAGGGUAUAAUGCUAUAAUGCAAAGUUGGCAGCUUGCAUUUAAUUGGGAGCAAGUGUUAGACAUUCAGGUUCGAGAUGUAAGAGCACGGGUGCUGACUGAUAUGGCUUGGGUUACCAUGAAAACCUAUUUUCAUGUGGAUUCCGGGCCGUUUAAUGUAACUAAUGUCUUUGAAUUCCAUAACAGUCGGUGGUACAUGGUGCAUCAUCACAGCUCAGUGAUGCUCAUUGAUGGAGAUGUGGACCAACAAAUUAUGCAUGGAUAAAGGAAGAGAGAGAAGAAAAUGAUACCAAUGAUAACUUUAAUACUAGUUGCAAAAUAGUGGGUAUUAAUUAGUGGGAGGAAGUUUCUUGAAUUUUCUCUAUGAAUUCUUCAGUGGAAAUCCUUUCCAGUUUUUCCAACCUCAGUUUUGGUUGUUUUUGGGUAAAGAGGUCUCUCUUUCUCUCACUCUCUCACACAUUCAUCUUCUCUUUUUGAAUUCCUCCCAUCUCCUUUCUGUUGUAAUUUUCUCUCUGUUUUUUCUUGCUCGAUUCAUUUUCAUACUACCAGAUAUAUGCAAAUAGACAAAAUGUGCGAAGUACUCCACUAUUUUUAAGAAGCAAAUUCAGGAGAAGUUGAGAAAUUAAAUGGGAAGUCGACAUGGUUUUGAUAUGGAAAGAUGGAGUAGAUGGUCUGCUAAUUGUGGAAGAUUGUAUUAAAACCAGCAAGAUUAAUGAAUGAAAAACAAUUUAUUGAUUGUGGUA